AUGCUGGUACUGUUCGAGACCGCGGCGGGUUACGCCAUAUUUAAGGUCCUGGAUGAGAGCAAGUUACAGGAAGUAGAUAGUAUAUGGAAAGAAUUUGAAACUCCAGAGAAGGCCAACAAAGUAGUUAAGCUUAAACACUUUGAAAAGUUUCAGGACACAACAGAAGCAUUGGCUGCUGCCACUGCCCUGGUUGAGGGCAAGAUCAGCAAAAACUUGAAAAAAGUCCUUAAAAAAAUAGCUGCAAAGGAAGCACAUGAGCAACUAGCAAUUGCGGAUGCCAAGCUUGGAGGCGUUAUAAAGGACAAAGUGAACCUAAGCUGUGUGCACAAUACAAUGGUGGCAGAGCUGAUGAGAGGUAUCCGCAACCAGAUUGAUGGCCUCGUUGCAGGGCUUUCUACCAGGGAAAUGUCUGCAAUGUCUCUUGGUUUGGCCCACAGUCUUUCUCGAUACAAACUCAAGUUCAGUCCAGACAAAGUGGAUACAAUGAUUGUACAAGCCAUAUCUCUUCUGGAUGAUUUGGAUAAAGAGUUGAACAAUUACAUAAUGCGUUGCCGAGAAUGGUAUGGUUGGCACUUCCCUGAGCUUGGCAAAAUAAUCACAGAUAAUCUGGCAUACUGCAAAUGUGUUUGUGCUGUUGGUGAUAGAGUGAAUUUUGCUACAUUUGACCUCUCCGAGUAUCUGCCAGAGGAGGUAGAGGCAGAAGUUAAAGCUGCUGCUGAAAUUUCUAUGGGUACUGAAGUAUCUGAGGAGGAUAUAAACAACAUUCUACAUUUGUGUGACCAGGUGAUUGAGAUUUCAGAGUACAGAACACAGCUUUAUGAUUAUCUCAAGAACAGAAUGAUGGCGAUAGCCCCUAACCUUACAGUGUUAGUAGGAGAGUUAGUAGGUGCCAGACUUAUUGCUCAUGCAGGUUCCCUUCUAAAUCUGGCAAAACACCCGGCUUCUACUGUGCAGAUCUUGGGAGCAGAAAAGGCAUUGUUUAGAGCACUGAAGACCAAAAAGGACACUCCUAAAUAUGGUCUUAUUUACCAUGCUUCCCUAGUUGGACAGACUACGCCUAAGAAUAAGGGAAAGAUAUCCCGUAUGCUGGCAGCCAAGGCUGCUCUUGCUAUCAGAUAUGAUGCUCUUGGGGAGGACACAAAUGCUCAGCUGGGGGCAGAGACUAGAGCAAAAUUGGAAGCACGUCUUCGAAAUCUGGAGGAGAAAGGGCUGAGAAGAAUAAGUGGCACUGGAAAAGCACUUGCCAGGGCAGACAAAUAUCAGCACAAAAGUGAAGUGAGGACCUAUGACCCAUCGGGGGAUUCAACUUUGCCAUCUGUCCCCAAGAAGCGAAAGUUUGAGGAGGUUGAGCAAGAGGAGCAGCCAGUUGCGGUCAAAGAGAAAAAAGCAAAGAAACCCAAAAUAAUGGAGAUAGAAGCAGAAGAAGAACCAGAAGAAGUUGAGAAAACCCCAAAGAAAAAAAAGAAGAAAAGUAAAGUGAAAGUAGAAGAGGAAGAACAAGCAGAGGAAGAACCUUCAACUAGCACAGCUGAGCCUUCCAAAAAGAAGAAGAAGAAAAAGAAGGUGAAGCAAGAGGAGGAAGAGGAAGAUUAA